AUGGAAGAGGGGGAGUUUGUUCCUGAAGAUCCGAGGCCUGAAGUGAAGACUUUGCAGCGAAAUAUAAAUCAGUAUGAGAUUGUGCAGAGGGAGGAGAGUGUUGAACUAGUCUUGGGUGCUCCUACUGCUGAUAUUCUGAUAGUGGAAGAUGGCAUAGUAGUGCGUGAUCAGUUGAUGACGUCUAGUAAUAUGGUUACAGAAAUUUUGGAACAAGAGUGUACCAUCAUGGUCAAGUCGUUAUCGGCUAUGGAGGAAUUUAACAAUUGCUUGGACAAUUGUGGUCUUUUGGAUUUGGUUGGUAUUGGCAACAACAUGUCUUGGUGUAAUGGUCACAGUGGUGUAGGACCCAAUCGAACAGCUAAUCUUGUUGAUAUAAUAUCUCCUAUGGUUUCUGAAGAGGAGAAUAUUGAUCUUUGUAGUGAACCGUCUGAGGUGGAGAUAAGGGAUGCUAUUGUUUCUAUCCCGAGAAAUAGUAGCACAAGUCCGGAUGGUUUUGACUCGGCGUUUUUCCAGGAUUGCUGGGAUAUUGUAAAAGAAGACAUGAUCGAUUUUUCUUGUUGGCCUAAUUGCUCCAGGGCUCUAGAGGACAGAUCAGACUCAGCAACUUCAUUUCAAAACCAACAACAAAAAAGCAAUGAGGAUGUUGCAGGACUGAUGGCUUUCAAGAAGUGGUCUGUUGCGGCUGACCCUGAAGAUUUUUUGAGGGAUUGGAAUGAUACAGCUUCUGCCAGUCCUUGUCUUUGGAGAGGAGUCUCUUGCUCCCCCGGUGGACGUGUCACUGACGUCGACCUUGGUGGUGCCAGCCUCAUUGGUCGCCUUCACCUCGUCCAUCUAUUGACCUUGCCCAAUCUUCGCCAUCUCAACUUGCAUGGUAAUUCCUUCUCCGACAAUGGUGAUCUCUAUUCAUCGACAAAUUCUAGCCUUGAAAGCUGUGGGCUUGAGACCUUAGACUUGUCGUCAAAUAACUUGUCUAGUCCUCUUGGCACACCAUAUUUUCAACUACUACUCUCUUGCAACGGCCUUUUUUAUCUCAAUCUCUCAUAUAACUCAAUCCCCGGGGGCUUCUUCAACUUCGGCGCUUCUCUCUUGCAACUUGACCUCUCUCACAAUAGGAUUUCAGAUUCCUCCAUCUUGACCUACUCUCUCUCCCACUGUCAGAAUUUGAAUCUCCUCAAUCUCUCCCAUAACAAGAUCCCUGGUGAGCUUCAUAUCACUUCUACAUCGAUCUCUUCUUUGUGUAAAAACCUCCUCACCUUAAACCUCUCUUACAAUACAUUAUCAGGGGAAAUAUCUGGUCUGAUGGCAAACUUUUUGCCAUCACUCAACUAUCUAAAUCUCUCCCAGAACAACUUUUCUGAGAAUUUCUCCGAUUUUGAAUUUGGCGAAUGCAGUAAUCUCACCAUGCUUGACCUGUCUAACAAUGGCCUCUCAGGAUCAUAUUUCCCAAUGAGCUUGACAAACUGCCAACUUCUCGACACCCUUGACCUCUCUCAUAAUGACCUCCAAUACAAAAACCCAGGGGUCUUAUUGGGGAACCUAAAGAAUCUACGUCGAUUGUCGUUGGCAUAUAACCAGCUUUCAGGGGAGAUCCUGCCUGAGUUAGGACAGGUUUGUGGGACUCUAGAGGAGCUCAACCUUUCUGGAAAUAGAUUUUCUGGUGGUUUUCCUUCUACUUUCGUGUCAUGCUCAUCAUUGCAAAGCCUCGACCUCGGCAACAACCAACUUUCAGGGGAUUUUCUUAAUACAGUAAUCAGUACUCUACCAACUCUUAAGUAUCUCUAUGUACCCUUCAACAACAUUACUGGUCCAGUGCCACCAUCUCUAACCAAUUGUACUCAACUUCAAGUGCUUGACCUCAGUUCUAAUGCCCUUGCUGGGAGUUUUCCUUCUGGGUUUUGCUCUCCUGCGACCCAGACCCUAUCGUCCUCUUCUCUUCAGAAGAUAUAUUUGCCCAACAAUUUUCUCUCAGGAUUGUUGCCUUCAGAGCUUGCAAAUUGCAGAAAUCUAAAGACUAUUGAUCUUAGUCUCAAUAGCAUAAGCGGCCCUAUUCCAUCUGGAAUUUGGAAGCUUCCCAAUAUUUCUGAAUUGAUUAUGUGGGCAAACAACCUCUCAGGUGAAAUUCCAGAAGACAUUUGCAUAAAUGGAGGAAAUUUAAGGACUUUGAUUCUGAACAACAAUCUCAUCACCGGAACCAUUCCACUUUCUGUGACUAACUGCACUAACUUGAUGUGGUUGUCACUUUCCAGCAACAAGCUCGCGGGAGAAAUUCCGUGUGGAUUUGGGAAUCUCCCUUACCUCAGCCUGCUCCAACUAGGCGAUAAUAUGCUAUCUGGCCAGAUACCAGGAGAAUUGGGCAAAUGCCCAAGCCUUUUUUGGCUGGACUUACAUAACAACAACUUAACUGGUCCUGUCCCAUCAGAAUUUGCCAGUCAUGUCAACUUGAUCCGUGGAUUCAUUUAUGGGCAACAACUUGCAUACGUGAAAACCGGGCAUGGGAAUGCUUGCAAAAGUGCUAAAGGACUUGUAGAAUUGGGGGGGAUUCGAGCAGAGGCAAUGGUGAACAUGAUUCACUCUUGCCCAUUCACUAGAAUUUACGUUGAAAGAAAUGUAUCCUUAGUCACGAACGUGCUCACGAGCUAUAGCAGCAUGGUCUACCUCGACCUAUCCUACAAUUCCUUGUCCGGAACCAUUCCAGAAAGUCUUGGCUCAGCGCAGAGUCUAACUGUCCUAAGUUUGGGACAUAACAAGUUGACAGGAAUAAUUCCUGAUAUUUUUGGAAGUUUAAAGGAAAUUAUGACGCUAGAUUUGUCUCAUAAUUAUCUUCAUGGACCUAUACCGCCGUCAUUGCAGACUCUUUCUUUUCUUAAUGAGUUUAAUGUUUCUAACAACAAUCUCACGGGCCCCAUCCCUUCUGGAGGUCAGCUGAGCACUUUCCAGCCAUCUAGUUAUGAAAAUAAUUCUGUCCUUUGUGGCCUUCCCUUGCCUCCUUGUGACUCUAGCUCAUGUCAAUUUCUAUCCCCAAAGAAAGAUGGCUCAGUAUACCAAGAAGACUACGAAAAAUCCAGCUGGUUCAAAAUCGAUGGGUUUGACUGGAGAUCAGUAAUUCUGGGGUAUGGAUUUGGAACAGCCAUUGGCAUUGUUGCAGGAAACUGUAUGAUCCAAAGGAAAGAAAAGAAAAGAAACGAGUAUCACUCAGCUAAUUACAAAAUAUUCUCUCUCUCAUGCUUUGGCCCUUGGAAUCCAACAAAAAAUCCCGCUGGUUCAAAAUGA